GCUGGUUUUUCAGAAAAGUGUGAAGCGUGGAGGGAAAGAAAUCUUGAGGAUGGUACAAUGGGAGAUGUGUUUGAAGGGAGAAUUUGGAAAGAGUUUCUUGAUUGAGAUGGCAAGCAAUACUUCUCAAAACUUGGAAAUUUGGCAUUAAUGCUCAAUGUGGACUGGUUCCAGCCAUACAAGCACACUAAUUAUAGUUGUGGGGUUAUAUAUCUAGUAGUGAUGAAUCUUCCUCGUGAAGAAAGAUUCAAAACUGAAAAUGUAAUACUGGUUGGCAUUAUCACAGGGCCCAAUGAGCCAAAAGGAAACAUAAACUCCUUUCUUCAGCCCUUGGUAAGCGAAUUGACAGAUUUAUGGGAUGGAGUGAUUUUAAAUGACCGCUGUAUCCCAGGCUGGGCUGUUAAAAUUAAAGUUGCACUACUAGCCAUUUGCUGUGAUGUUCCUGCUGCAAGAAAAUGUGAUGGUUUUGCUGGACACUCAGCUUUAAAAGGUAUCCAGCUGAUGCGCAAGUUUUUGAGAAACAAUGACUUGCAGCAAUCGGAUUGGCCAGAAGAGUUUGUAGGUUUUGGUGAUUGCUUGAUUCAUCUGAUGUUUUUUUUGUUGGAUAAGCAUCCAUUGUCCCUAAAGACCAUCUGCAGAAUAGAAAAGAAGAAGUUGUACGCUUUCCACCAAUCAAGAGAAUUGGCAUUGACAGUGAUAUUGCAGCCCAACUUUCUGAUGUAUACGAAAUAAUUUAUCCUGGCCAUGCUGUCUAUACUGUAAUCUCAAUUUCAGAAUCAUUUGUACUAGAGUGAAAUUAAAUCAUCGAGUGUUAAGAGCCUCAUUGACAACUGUCUUUACUUGUCAAAGUGACCGAUCGCCUAUGGCUUUUGCCAAUGACAACAUUUUAAAAAUUAUUGUGUGUAAACAUUAUCAAAUAAGAUCUAACAGUGUCGGUCCGAUAAAAUCGUUGUGUUUAAGAAGCAAACUGUUCUUAUGAAGUUUGUUAAUACAGUUUCUAAUAGAAUGUUUACAUGAUGACGUCUGUUGACCUCUACUACCAGACUCCCGUGCACACUCUAUUUUGCUCAGUUAUUAGCACCAAAAAUACAUUCUUACAAUUCUCAAGAGUGAAUACAAAUUUAAAUAAAUAGCUAAUUUCUA